AUGGACCGUAAGAUGUUGCGUACUGUCCCCUGUUACGUCAUAAAUCAAAGCUGCGCCAGAGUCAAAAUUGCCGUGUUUUUCUCGGUAGCAGCAAUUAGGGCCGGUUUUUUUGGCAUGCUUUUGGAAUCUUUGGUCCUUUGGUGUGGGAGAAAGUAUGCCGUCAGCGGCGUGGAGCACUUGCCUGGUUUUGAAAAAAUCCCACCUCGUUAUCUACAUCACGAUGAUCGGGGGCGAGCAAAGACAGAGCCUGGCUCUAUCAAGGAAACUACGUUGCGAGGAGAUAUGAACAUGGUCCGUUUCGCUGUAUAUUCGCUUGCACGAUCCAUCUCCAUUGAUUUGGAUUUUUGCGGCCAGCCCUAUGGCCAUGUGCUCAGAAGAUCAGAUACAGGUGCUGACCUAUCUAUUUCUCUCUACUUCGAAACCUGGGAAACUUUUUAA